CGAUUAUUCAUUGUUCAGGGGUUGACCAAGAGGUCUGCUUUGCAAUGGAAGAUACGGUGAUUCUUGUUUCGAAAGACAACAUCUCAUUCCAUGUAUCGAAGAGGCUCCUGAUAGAAUAUUCGGGACUCUUUCGCACUCUCUUCGCCAACAAGGUAGAAAGUAUUGACAACGAGAAAAAGGACGACCCCGUUGUAUUUCAUGUGUCCGAGAUAAACUCGGACAUUUUGACUCUCGUUAUUGAUUACCUUCAAUUAAAGGACAAAAAGCAGGGAGAGAUGAGCCUCUCGGAUUUCCCUAUCGAGCCUUCCAAGAUCUUAGAUGUUAUGUCCGCAGCCUUGUUUUUCGAUUGCUAGUAUAUUUAGGGACUUU